AGUUAUUCGUAAACAGUUGAUCGGCAAUGACAUACGUCUUUUCGGCGGUGUUUGUCAAAAUUACAAGUUAUCGAACACAAAGUGAAUGGCCGAAAAAUAUGUAAUCUGACAAAAGUUGGCCAAAGUGAAUUUUGGAACAGAGAAAUAUUCAUGUUGUUUAAAAACAAAAAUUUAGAAACGAUAGAGAAAAAAAUAAUCGAAAAAAAACCAACAAAAACAGAAAGAAAGAUUGUUUUCAAAGAAGAAGAUAGAAGGGAAAAAAACGUUGAUUAGUGUUUUUAGUUUUGUGCACACAGAAAGAAGAAAAAAAAAACCGAAAGAAAAUUUCUUGAGUUAUUCACAAUUCGAAAAGCUUCGAUCAGUGUUUGAGUUUUGUGCAAAAAAAAUUGGUAAACAAAAUUCUUGCGUUACACACAAUCACGUUCCUCAUGAUGGAGGAUGCACAGCUCAUGCAAACUGAGCUGCCCAGCAUGAUAGGUGGCGGACUUGCAAAUGGAAUGAGCAUCGGUAUUAGUAAUGGCGGCGGUUUAAUUUCACAUCGACCACAUUUUCACCAUCGUUACGCUCCAUAUCCAUUACAUCGGCCGCAUUUACAAACCGUAUUGCCAUUUUUGCAUUCGCAUUCACAGCAACGACACAUCGCACUAGGCCAACAACCGCAGCAAUCUCAGCAAACCACAUCUUCGUCAUCAUCGUCGUCAUCGGUGCAUUCACAGAAACACAUCGAAGCGUCAGUCACCACAGAGGAGCAAAAUGAACCAGAGGGAACCCACGUUAGCCAUUUGUAUCCGGAAAUUUUAACACAAAUUUUCUCAAAACUCAGUGUACGCGAUAGGGGCCGAGCGGCCCAAGUGUGUACGGCAUGGCGAGAUGCUGCCUACGAGAAAAGCGUAUGGAAAGGUGUCGAGGCUCGACUGCAUUUACGACAAAAGAACAACAAUCUGUUUACAUCGUUGCAACGACGUGGCAUUCGCAAAGUCCAGGUGCUAUCACUGCGCCGAACAAUCAAAGACGUUAUCUCCGGUGUACCUAACUUAGAGACGUUAAAUUUAAGCGGUUGCUACAGCAUCACCGAUGCAAAUCUAUGCAAUGCAUUUAAUCAGGAUUUACCGAAUUUGAAAAUUCUCAAUCUGUCACUAUGUAAACAAAUCACCGACACAAGCCUCAAUCGAAUAGCAUACCAUUUGAAAAACCUUGAAAUCCUAGACUUAGGUGGUUGCUGUAACUUAACGAAUGCAUCGCUGUCAGCCAUUGCCAUAAAAUUGAAGAAAUUGCAACGACUCAAUCUACGAUCGUGUUGGCAAAUUACCGAUCAGGGUAUUUGCCAGUUGGCCGGUUUGAAUAAGGAGAAAGCAACGGCAUCGGACCAGCCGCUCUCAUUGAAAUAUCUCGGUUUACAGGAUUGUCCGCGGCUCACCGACGAAUCGUUGAAAUACAUUUCACAAGGUCUCCCAACCGUUGAAUCGAUCAACUUAAGCUUUUGUGUAUCAGUUACCGAUAGCGGUUUAAAAUAUCUAGCACGCAUGCCAAAUCUGAAGGAGCUCGAUCUACGAGCAUGUGAUAAUAUAUCGGACAUUGGUAUGGCCUACUUAACCGAAGGCGGAUGCACGGUUACCUCCCUCGACGUUAGCUUCUGUGAUAAAAUCGGCGAUCAAGCACUGAACCAUCUAUCACAGGGUCUGUUUCAUAUGCAUUCGCUGAGCUUGAACCAUUGUCAAAUCACCGACGAGGGUCUUAUGCGCAUCGCCAAAAAUCUACUCGACUUGGAAACGCUUAACAUCGGCCAGUGCGAUAAAGUCACCGACAAAGGUUUACAAUCACUGGCAGAAUAUCUACACAAUCUGCACUCAAUCGAUCUGUAUGGAUGUACGCAACUCUCGCAAAUGGGUCUGGAUGCGAUCAUGAAAUUACCAAAGUUGACUAGAGUGAAUUUCAGCCUAUGGCUCGUAAGGUGAUGGAGUUAAAUUGAGAAACUAUCUAAUCAUGCAUACCACCACUGAAAAUACCACCAAAAUCAUCAUCAUCAACGACAUUAACAAAACGAGCAACAACAUCAUUCACACGCCGACAGAGCCGACAAACAAUCGUUUGGUUUGCAAUUUUUUUUAUAGUUAAAUUUCACAAAAAAAAGAUGUAUUAGUACCUACAUUAGUAAAGGGUGUCCGAAUGCAAACGCGUGAGCGAUUCUUGGGGUGCAUCUCAAAACACGUUGGGAACACAAAAUGAAAUCAAUUUUCUCAUAUGGAUUAUAUCGUGCCAAUUUUACGUAGAAAAGAGUUCAUUCGUUUUUAAAUUCACGAUUCCAAUCCCGCAAUUUUUUUUCUCUAUCGAAUUAUUUUAUCGCCAUGUAGAGAUCCAUUUCUGUCGCCAUUUUAAUCGAGAACACUAAAAAAUCCAUCGCUUCAAAUCUAUUAAUCGAUUCAGAGAUUUGGCUACAUUUGAGCUGAAUCCAUACCAUCUUGACUAUUUGUUGGCAACCAAAAUCGAAAGUUAUGUCUUGGUCGAUGUGAGGUUUCAGCAAUAAGUCUCAACGUAGUAGUGCCAUGACGGAUAACAUAUGGCUUUCAUUUCUGUUGAAAUUCCGUAGAUAAUCAUUCCCAUACGCCUCCUUGCUGGCAAGCGAUUCUUUUAUUUCUUCAGAAAAUAAACUACUCAGAAUGUGCUUAUCGACUUUGUGGGAUAUGUCUACUAACAUUUGGAUUGAGCAAAUAUUGUUCACUCUCUAAUAUUCAUUGAUUGAUUAUUGUGCAUCUUUGUUACUGCUCAAACUACAAAGUCAUUGAACGCCUGAUUCGGACACCUUUUACUUUUCAAUCAAGUAAAUGAAAGGGAAAAAAAUAUAAAUUCGUUGAAAAAUAAUAAAAACAAUAGUAAUAAAAAUGCAAUGUAAAAUAGAAAAAAGACGGAGCAUUACAUUGAAAUUACAGCAAAUACUACUCACAACAACAACAACAAUAAUAACAACAACAACAAAAAAGGGGGAAACCAAUUCUAUGUUAGCUACAGUCCGUUCUAUUGUUCCAAUACAACUUAAUUAUCUGCACAUUUUCGUGUUUCUUUUUUGUUAUUAGAUGGAUGUUGUUUUUUUUUUGUUUCUUCAACAAACGAGAAAAUUAAUAGUUAGCGAAUGAUAGAAGUAGAAUGGCUUUGCUUUGCUUUCCGUUUCAUUUGUUUAUGUACAAUAUCAAGUAAAAUAUUUAGAAAUAUAUUCCCCCAAUUGACGACGAAAAAUAAAUCGAGAAAUAUACUGAUGCAAAAAACAACCUAAACCUAAGCAAUAGAAGAAAGAAAAAAAAUGUAUAAUAAAUUUUUCAAAUUAAACUCGUAAAAAAGAUAGAGAACUGGUUCUGUAAACAUUAUACUAUACAUGCGUUGAAGCGGUGUUUCAAAGAUCAUGGGAGACAGAGAAAAAGAAAGAAAAAGGAACAAAAAAAAAACGUUCAAAAAACGUUAACUCAUUUAGAUAAACCUAGCAAUGUUUAUUUCCAGAUUUCGAAUUAUUUUAAGUUGUUGCAAAAGGAAAAUGUUCAAAAAUGUUUUGUUUUUCCUGAUUACUUUUUUUUACACGGUUAAUUUUAUUUUUAACCAUUGAUUUCAAUUUUUUUUCUAUUUUCGUUGUAGUUCAUUUUUAUAUACAAGUUCAAAAUUAUGAUAUUUAUAGAAUCAAAUCGAAAUUAUAGAAAAAGAAAGAAAAACAAACAAAUUUAUUGGUGGAGAAGAAAAUAUGGAGGAUUUUAACGCAUUCGCGUGAAAUCUUUUCUCUUUUUUUUAUUACAAACAAAGCAAAUUGAAACAAAUCAAACCAAAUCAGUUGAGCAAAUGAUAACGAAAUGAUUUAGAAAUUAAAUUGAUUGCAUUUUGGGAUGAACGAGAUAAAGAAACAUUAUCCAGAGCAUGUAAAUGGUUUGCGCUACGAAUUUUUUUUUGUAUAAACGAUAUUUCCAAAAUUAGAGAAAAUGAAAUUUAUGUUAAACAAUGCAAUGCUAAGAAUAGAAGCGAAGAAAAUAAAAACCUAUGAAAGAAAAUGGAAUGUCAUAAAAAUGAAUAUGUACAUAUAUUUUUACCUAAAAAAAAGAAACAUUGUCAUUUUUGUUUUCAACAAAAUGUGUAUUUGCAUGCAACAACAAGGAAAAAAAACUUUUUUAUGUUUAUUGCUAAAAACUAUUCUAUAGUUAUUAACGAUUAUAUGGGCUAAUAUCAAUUACAUCGCCCUCAAAUAAACGAAUAAAACAACCUUUUUUGUUCAAAAAAGUGAAAAAUUAAAAA